CCGAAAAGACCAGGAGCACUUGAAACAGUUUUCAUAUCUGCUAGUGUAGUGCUGAUAUCGCUGAUGGUAGUAUUUAUGUUUCGCACCGUCCUGCUUGUGUGGGAGGAAGACAUCGUCCUGGCUCUUAACUUGACACCAAAUGCGAUAUCCGCAACUUUGUGUAUUUUCAAGGUUUGCAACUUUACCGAAAUUACUGGUUAAUAAAAGCGAUUGGUAAUGCUGGUUGAUACUUUACCGAUAUCAUUGACGGAAUCGUUUGAAAAUCCUAAGACUUAGUGACGUCUACUUCCUUUCUGAAUUUAGUUAGUUGUAGGUAUUUUUCGCGUAGAUAUGUUUCACAAAUUUUCGUUUUUUCAGGGCCUAAGACUGCUCCAGAAGUCUCGAGACAUCAUGUAUCUGCUUAAUAAACUCGGAGCCUUGUGGGGCACCUUUGUCGAAAGAAGAAGAAACGAGGCAGAAGUCUCGAGGAUGAUAAGAAUCGUGACCGGCCAUCGCAACUUAUAUGUCCUGGUGAUCAUGGGCGGAAUUCCGUUGUUCGUCAUCCGUGCGCAUAUGUAUAUAUUGGGCCAAGUGUUUGUCACGAAGAAUGAAUAUAAUUCUUUUAACUACAGCCUCACAGUUUUUCCCCUAGUUUACCCUUUUCCACAGAGUAAUGCCCUCUGUUACUCGUUAUGUGUUUUGUUCGAACACCUCGCUAUACUUUCCAUAGCCUGUUUCUGGACUUCCUGCGAUUCUGUAUUCGCACAAGUCACCACUCAUGUUGCGAUCCACUUUGAAAAUCUGCGGUAUGACAUCGAGCAUGGAUUUCCUACCGAUGGCAAUUUUCCCAGGAAUGAGAAUAUCGUAAUUCAAGAAUUAAUAAGCAUUGCUAAGCGUCACUCGGAACUCUUCAGUCUCUGCCAUGCCAUCGAGAACAUAUUCAGCCCGAUAAUAUUGUUGACGACGCUAAUGACUGCUGCUAACAUUUGUUUCUGUCUGUAUCAAAUAGACACGAUGAUGACAUUUGGCGAUUACGUGGAGACGGCGAAGAACAUAUUUCACUUUCUGAUACUCUUCUCGGCGAUAGUCACUUAUUGUGGAUUUGCUAGCAUGCUCACUGAUAAGGCAAAGAUGAUCAGCGAUGGUGCCUACGCAUCACAAUGGUACGGAUGCGAAAAUAGAGCGAAGAGGCUUCUGAUAAUCAUGAUGAUUCGUUCUCAAAAGCCAUAUUACCUCACAGCCUACGGCUUCUUCGCCAUCACUCUGAACCAGAUCACCACGGUGAGUAAAAUUCAGAAUAAUAAUGCUACCACUGAAAACAGAGAUGGACAGCGAAUAAGUGUUUCCGAAAAGCGAGCAGCUAUUUCGUACAACGGUGUUCUCAUAAAAGUAUAAACGAUCGUUGGAAGACCAAUGUCUGUUAAUUAAUUUCAGUUUUCAGAUUUUCAAUACAUCACUGUCGUACUUUAUGAUGUUGAAAACAAUGGCUUGAAACGAUGUGGCUUUGAGAAUGUGAUAUAAAUUGGCGCGUCACAUUAUUUCUAGAUCGAUGAACUUGGUUCCUGGAUAUCUAUCGUUUACAUGAACGAUGAGAAUCUUCAAAUAAAGUAUUCUUAACUUCACGCAUUUAUACUUGCACUCUUUGUUAAAUGUUUCCUUAAGCUGUUAAUUAUAUUUUUCUGUCCCUGCAUUUACUUUUAUAUUAUAAGUAUAAUAUUUAGAGACAUGACGAACAUGGAUUAAUAUGUGUAUUUUAGCUUUGGAAUCAUAACCCUGUCACCAAUUUUCACGUUUUAUAUUGAUGGGUGAGUCAAUUAUUGAAUACAAUACAGACACAGAAAUAGUGCUGCACCUACUCAAGUUAAGAUGACUGCGGGAAGCUAAAAGGAGUCUUCCAUUAGUCAAAAUGUAAUCGAUUUAGAAAAUUGACACCUGUAACAAGGAAAGUACCCGAGGUGUAUCUCGCCGAUUUUCUUCAUUCUGUGAAACUUUAUAGUACAUGCAAAAACAUUAGAGACGUAUUUUUUCAUACGUGCUAACUCGGCGAUUUAAGGGGUGAAAUGGACCCUUAAAGUUCACCCCCGAAAAAUGUUUUCUUUUUGUUACGGGGCGGC